CAGCCUUCAACACAAUGAUCUGAUUCCCUAUAUUCUUAGUAUAAAGUAAUUUUAAGCGAGAUGGGUCACGACCACGGCCCGUACGAAUCCAUCGAGAGCGAUAACAUGGCAGUGCACGUUUUCUCCGGCGCGAUGGCGGGUUACGCCGAAUACAUCAUCAUGUACCCCAUCGACACGGUGAAGACCAGGAUGCAGUCGAUAUCGUUCGAAGGCAAGCGCAGCCUCUUCGGUGUGCUGAAGAAGAUGGUGAUCGAAGAGGGCGUGCUGAGCCCCAUCCGCGGUCUGACCAUCGUAGUGGCGGCCUCAGGACCGGCACACGGGGUGUACUACGCCGGCUACGAGUUCGUCAAGAGGAACAUGAAAUCGUUGACGUGGACGCCGGACGUGCUGAGCCACGGUGCGGCCGGUUGCGUCGCGACGGUCCUCCACGACGCCGUCGUCAACCCCUCCGAAGUGGUCAAGCAGCGCAUGCAAAUGGAGAAAUCCCCCUGCAAAACGGUCGUCCAAUGCAUCAGGGACAUCUACAGAACCGAAGGGUUCAGGGCUUUCUACAAAUCCUUCGCGACGACUCUCCUCAUGAACAUUCCCUUUCAGUCUCUGCAUUUCAUCGUGUACGAAUUCAGCCAGGAUUUCUUGAAUCUCAAAAGGGAGUACAAUCCCAAGUCGCACGUCAUCAGCGGGGGCAUGGCGGGCGGGGUGGCGGCCGCCGCCACCAAUCCUUUUGACGUAUGCAGGACGUUGAUAAAUACGCAGGAGAGCAAGGAGGCUGUUGGUUUGCUCAAAGCUAUUGAGAUAGUCUAUAGGAGAACGGGGAUGAGGGGAUUCUUCAGCGGCGUCUCGGCGAGGGUGCUUCAUCUCGCGCCAUCCACGGCCAUCUGCUGGUCGAUUUAUGAGUUUUUUAAAUAUUUUCUGGACGAACACAAACCACAUCGUGAUGGAAAAUAGAUUAGGAUUUACGGUGCAAGUGGAGAAAUUUGUGAUAAGGGUUGAUUAAAUUAAUAAAUAAGAUUCAAUAAUUUUCCACAUUUUAAUCAGCUUCGAGUUUACGAUUAUCAGUUUUCCUUCAGGUGACUCAAUAUUUCGUUCUGUGGUUUCUAUAUUUUAUUCAGCAUCUGCUGCCAUCUAUAAAUGUUUGUAGGAAACUUUAUUCGUUAAAUCCAAGGUUUUUUUAUUGGCAAAUGUUAGUUUACUCUACUGUCCAAAUGAUG